AUGUUUGCAGCAAUCAUCUACGAUGCCGAAAUCACUCUACAUACCCCAGCACGUCUAUGGCUAAGCUCCGCUGUAAGAAACCUCAGAAUUGGCCAACAACUCUCUAACUCACAAUACGCUAAAGAAUAUAUCCAGGUCCGUGCAAUUGAUCAUGCAGUUGAGUUACAGUAUCACCCUCAGGCAGCCGAAGUGCCUACAAAACGACUGUGUCGAACGGCGAUAAGAGAGAUAUUCAGGCUCCUCCCGUUGUGCAAGAGGGAUCCCGAAGACCCAAAGAUCCGCCAGGAAUUACAAAUAGCCGCGUAUUCUGCCUUUCCUCCCUUCUACUUUACUGCCCCCUUAGGGCUAAGCCAUGCAAUUGGUCAUGUUAUUGGGGCUACAUAUGCAAUUCCCCACGGUAUCACCUCUUGUAUAUCCCUGGCUAAAACUAUACACUUCAAAGCCACUAGGAAUCCGGAGGAAGCUCAUCAAAUUGCAAAAAUAUUGCCAUAUAUUGGCCAGGCUUGUUCAGGUGAUGAUGCAAAGGAUGCUAAUGCUGUGGGAGAUGCUAUCGCCAAGUUGGUGGAGAGCUUGGAAUUGAAAUCUACAUUGACCGAAGUAAGAAAAUAUCCCCAUAAUUCUCUAAAAUAG